UUUUGACGAUUUUCCGGCAAAUGAAGAAACAAAUGUGAAAACAUUUAAAAAACAGCAUCUACAAUUUCUGAUUGUGAUGCGGACGUAGGCGCAUUCCCAUCAAUAUAUAAAGAUGGUUAGGAUAGGACCAGACACCUCAAAAAGACUGCCCAGACAUCUUAGAAAUGAAGAUAUACCAACACAUACCUUUACACCACCUACCUAUCAAGUGGAGCUACUUGAUGCAGCAUUACACAGAAAUACCAUUGUGUGUCUGGGAGCAAGUUCUGGGAAAAUGUUUCUGGCUGUCAUGGUACUUCGUGAAUCAUCCUAUCAGCUCAGGAAACCAUUGAAAGAAGGGGGCAAGAGAAGCGUGUAUCUUACUGAUAAUGAAACAUUUGUUGAUCAGCAGGUUCAGAUAAUACAGCACCAUACAGACCUUCAGGUCAGUCAGCAUUUGAAUAAAGAUAGCAUAGAAACCAUGACAACAGAAAAAUGGCAAGAUCUCAUAACAUCAAAUCAUAUCCUAUUUCUAUCAUCACAUGUUUUGAAUUAUGUUUUGGAAGAGAACAUUUUACAUCCUUCAAAAGUGAAUGUAGUAAUUUUUGAAGAUUGUCAUGUUGUUAAUAAAGAUCCUGUAUAUGCUCAAAUUUUACAAAAGAUAAAUGACACCUCAUUGGAAUGUAAACCAAGAAUUCUAGGACUAACCUCAUCAGUGACAGCCACACGCUGUCAGAACCCAGCGGAACUAGAAUCAACAAUAUCAACACUAGAAACUAAACUAGAUGCUGUUGCAGAAACCUCAACUCUGAUUAUGUCCCAGAGAUAUGGAAUGUGGCCAAAAGAACAAAUUAUCAACUGUGACAAGUAUGAAGAUACAACUGGUUUAGUAGAUCAACUUGAAAAUAUACUACUCGAUGCUCUGGAAUUUCUGGAAGAUUUCAAAAUUAAAGAAGAUGAAGAAAAUGAAAAAAAAGUAAGCAAUGAUCCAUGUCAAAUCUCAAAAACUGUUGUAUGUGAAUGUCUUAAUAUUUUGUAUAAACUUGGUCCUUGGUGUGCUGCUAGUAUAGCACAGAUGUUUCUUACUCAACUUGAAAAAAUGGAAAAACAAGAAACGGAAGUAUUAGCUAAAAAGUUUUUAAGAUUUAGUUCAACACAGUUAAGAAUGCUUAACACAGUAUUUGAAAAUAACUUUACUCCAGAUUAUAAUGUUGAUGCUUUGCUUUUAUAUGCAUCUCCAAAAGUACGAGAACUUGUGAACCAUUUGAAGAAUUAUAAACCAGACUACGACUUUAUGAUAAUAAGUAGCGAGGAUAUGGAUGGAAUGAUGGGAGAUAAUGAAUCGGACAUGUCUGAUGAUUCGGAAUUCGAUGAAUCUGAUGCUGAGAAUGAAGAGGAUAAUAGAAGAUCCAAUGUUAUUCAUGUAGCAAUUAAAAAAGAAGGAUCAGAUGAUAGCACCAAAAAGGCGUCAGAUCCAUUUUCUGUUGAUGCUGAGAAAUAUCUGUGUGGUAUUGUCUUUGUGGAUCAUAGAUUUGUAGCAAUAGCACUGAACAAGAUGCUGGAGGAAGUUUGUUCAUGGGAUGACAGUUUAUGUUUUGUCAAAUGCCACCAAAUUACAGGCCAGAAAAAGAAAACUCUAAAAAAGGAUAUCAACAAAAAACAAGAGGAUAUUUUAAGGAAAUUCAGACUCCAAGAGCUUAAUUUGUUGAUAGCAACAAGCUUUUUAGAAGAUGGAAUUGAUGUUCCAAGAUGUAAUAUGAUUAUGAAAUUUGAUCAACCUAAAGAUUACAGGUCAUACAGCAGAUCUAAGGGUUUAGCAAGAGCUAAAGAUGCAGAGUAUCUUAUACUAAUUGACGAUAGUAAGACAGAAACAUUCAAAGAAGACCUCCAGAUGUUUAAAGGUGUUGAAAAAGUUUUGAUUGGAUGGAGACAGAAUAAAGAAAGUGAAAAUGACCUUGAAGUAAUAGAAGAUGACUUAGAUUGUAUAGAGUUACUUCCCCCUUAUUAUCCCAACUCUGACAUGCCAACCAUCCAAGUCAACUUAUGUAAUGCUAUAGCAUUAAUCAAUAGAUAUUGUGCCAAACUGCCAAGUGAUGCCUUUACACAUCUGACACCCAAGUGUCAUCUAACCAGUGUCAAGGUCAAUGGAGCCUCAAUGUACCAAGCUAAACUUAGAUUACCAAUCAAUUCACCUAUUAAAAUACAAAUAACAAGCGAUUUAAUGCCGACUAAAAGUUUGGCCAAGAGAGCAGUUGCAUUGAAGAUGUGUCAAAACCUCCAUGAAGAAGGUGAAUUAGAUGAUCAGCUUGCUCCUGUUGGGAAGGAAUUAUUUUCUCUAGAGGAGGAUGAUAACAAUGAAUGGGAUGACGAAGACUUGAUGGGAGAAGCUAGACCAGGAACUACAAAGAGGAAACAGUAUUACCUCAAAAAGACUGCCAAUAUACUGUUAAGAGGAUAUCCUGAGAAACAAAAGAAUAAUUUGUACCUACUAAAAAUGAAGCUGACAAAACCAAUCUCUGAUGAUCAGAAUACCAGAGGAAGAAAACUCAAUGACCCAGAGGAGACCUCAAGGUCAUUUGGUCUGUUAACCUCUGUUACAAUACCACAGGUCCCAGAAUUUCCAGUAUAUACAAGAUCAGGGGAAGUAACUACAAGUAUAGAACUACUUAAAUCUGAUGUGUGUUAUAGUCAAGAGGAGCUAGAAAGAUUAUCAAAAUUCCACCGAUUUGUGUUCAGCAAUGUCUUACGACUAGAGAAAGAUCCUAUGAUUUUCUCUCCCAACCAAGCUGAGCUUGGCUACUUAAUUAUUCCUUUAGGAAAAGGUACUGAAGAAAUUGCUGUUGAUUGGGAGUUUAUUGAAAAAGUAGAAAAGUAUAAGCUCCACGAGAGAAGAAAUAUAUAUGAUACAGAAAGAGAACUCUUUGAAUUUACCAAAACAGAUUAUGAAGAUGGUGUUGUAAUGCCAGGAUACAGGAAUAUUGAUCAGCCUCAACAUUUUUAUGUAGCCGAAAUCAGAAUGGAUCUCAACCCAGCAUCUCCAUUUCCCUCCCCAGAACUCUAUAAAACUUUUGCUGAAUAUUAUAUAACCAAGUAUGGUUUAUCAAUUACAAAUUAUGAGCAACCUUUAUUGGAUGUUGAUCAUACAUCUGCUCGGCUCAAUUUGUUAACUCCACGAUAUUUGAAUCAAAAAGGUGUGGCUUUGCCAACAAGUAGUGCAGAGACAAAGAAAGCAAGACGUGAAAAUUUACAACAGAAGCAAAUUCUUAUUCCAGAAUUGUGUGAAAUCCAUGUAUUCCCAGCCUCUUUUUGGAGAAAGGCUGUUUGUUUACCAACAAUUCUUUACAGAAUGAACUGCUUAUUAGUGGCUGAGGAACUUAGAAUUAUAAUUACAGAAGGUGCUAAUAUAGGACAAGCCUUAAUUCCUGAGGGAUUUAUCUAUGAUGCAUUGAGUUUCUCUUUUCUCAAAGAUGAAGAAACUGAUGAUAUCCCUCUGGACAUGAAUCCCUCAUCUGAGCAGUCGGAUGAUGAUGAAGCUGAUCAAACAGGAAAAGGUGUAGAAAAGUCUUUCAGUAGUAAUGGUUGUGAUAUUAACAGUCAGGUGAAAGAUGAUUUUAAUCAUACAAAUGUUAUUAAUAUAGUUGAUGAAAAAAACUCAAAGCGUGCAGAAACAUUCCAAGAUGUUGAUAAAUCGUUAGAAACCAAUGAAAAUACUGAUACUGUUGUAUCCACAAAUGGCUGGCCAAAUGAUACUGACAUUCCAGAGAUUCCAGAUAAUCAGUCGUCAGAUACUGUAUCUCAAUUAUCAUCAAACCCUGUACAAACUGCUGAAGUUUGUUGUGAAUUUGACAAGUUGGUGCUGUCUAAAUCUGAGAAUGAAAACAAUAUGAACAAAGAAAUGGAAAUACAAAUGAAUCAAUCGCAUAAUGAUUCUACUGAACAAAAUGGAAACAGUUCUCCAGAACGGGUUGUAGAACAGGAUGUGUUCAAUCAGGUGGAACACUUUGGAGGAAAGCCAGUGAGGAAAAAGGUUGAAGAUGUUGAAGUAACUGAAGAAGAGCUUGAUAAGCUGAUGUCAUUUGACACUGAUGUGGUGACUGGAGAUUUUAUAGGUCCUUCACCAUGUAUGAUUUUACAGGCCCUGACCAUGUCUAAUGCUAAUGACUUUUUUAGCCUUGAAAGAUUGGAGACCAUUGGUGAUUCAUUCCUUAAGUAUGCUAUCACUGUAUAUCUUUUCUGUACAUAUCCUGGAGUUCAUGAAGGAAAGUUAAGUUAUUUACGUAGCAAACAAGUUAGUAAUUGCAACUUGUACAGACUUGGUAAAAAGAAAGGUUUAGCUGAAUGUAUGAUCUCAACAAAAUUUGAACCCUAUGAAAAUUGGUUGCCACCUGGGUAUCUAAUUAAUGAGGAAAAAAGGAAAGGACCUGUGCCAAAAGUCUUAUUGGCAACAAAAGUAGAUAAAAUACCUGGCAGCAGUUCUGCUGUGAAUUUUUGUGACAUUAAAAUUGAAAGUCAUCCACAUCAUUUAACAAAUGGAUGGGACAAAUAUGUCCCCUGCUCAAAAGAGGAAAAUGAAUUUAAUAAAGAAUUGAAGGAAAUUCAAGCCAAUGUUGAAGAGGAAGAUAGAUCUGAUUCAUCUGAUUGUUUGAUUCCCUACUGCUUACAGACUCUUCAUAGCUUGCCUGACAAGAGUAUAGCUGAUUGUGUUGAGUCAUUGAUAGGUUGUUACCUCACUAGUUGUGGAAAGAAAGUGGCAUUAAGGUUCAUGUCAUGGUUGGGUCUCCGAGUUCUACCUCAGAAAAAAUCUUUACAGCAGACUGGUUGUGUAGACACACAUGUAUUAUCAUGUCCAAACUCUCCACUGUUUGAUGGGGAACCAGAUUCUGUCAAUCAGCUUCAACAUCUAUUGAUUGGUUUUGACAAACUGGAGGAAAAAAUCCACUACCAUUUCAAAGACCGAGCAUAUCUACUACAGGCCUUUACUCAUGCUUCAUAUCAUUAUAACACAGUAACAGACUGUUAUCAAAGGUUAGAAUUUUUAGGUGAUGCAAUAUUAGAUUAUGUGAUAACACGACAUCUAUAUGAAGACUCGUGUAAAUAUUCACCCGGUGUACUUACUGACUUACGGUCAGCUCUAGUCAAUAAUAAUAUAUUUGCUGCACUUGCUGUUAAAUGGGACUUCCAUAAGUUCUUCAAGGCAAUAUCUCCUCCACUCUUCAAUGUUAUAGAGAAGUUUGUUACUAGGCAGAAGGAGAGAGAGGACGAGAUUGAUCUAGAAGAUGAGGAGCAGGAAGAAGGAGAUGAUGAAGUGAAAGUAGAACUAGAAGUUCCCAAAGCCUUAGGGGAUAUAUUUGAAUCAUUAGCGGGUGCUAUAUACCUGGAUAGUGGAAUGUCUUUAGACACAGUUUGGAGGGUUUACUAUAGAAUUAUGAAACCACAAAUAGAAAAAUAUCUGAAGAGUAUUCCUAAGUCACCUGUCCGAGAACUUCUAGAGAUGGAGCCAGAGACAGCUAAAUUUGAGAAACCAGAAAGAACGUUGGAGGGAAAAAUCCGUGUAUCAGUGAAUGUUGUUAGUAAAGGGGUAUUUACUGGUGUUGGAAGAAAUUAUAGGAUUGCUAAAAGUGCUGCUGCCAAAAAAGCCUUACGAGGAAUAAAAACUAUGCAAGCUCAGGGACUGGUGCAAUAGAUGUCAUUGAAAAAAAACAAAAAAUGUGCCAUAACUUACUAUAGAUUCAUUUUUAAAUUUUUCACAUUUUCUAAUACAUUGGAUAGAAAUUUAAGUCCUGAAUCAAAAUAUCAAAGGUAAAGCUAAUACUUAGUUCAUGAGUGAAGAUAAAACAGAGUUAUAACUUAAUCAUGUUUAGGUUGUGUUAAAACUUUAAAGUUGUGUAGAUCUUAACAGUCAAUAUAUUUCCUAAUGUCUUUGAUUUAAGGAGUCUUCUCUUUGUUCAUAUUUCAGUAAUUUUCACUUUUUGCUGUUAUUCUGGUGGUUUUUUUUUGUGAAAAUGUUAACCAAGUCCCUUAAUAUGAGGAUAUGAUACAGUUAAUAUCAACCAUCAAAUUUUUUUUCAGAAAUUUUGAGAUAAGUCAAUUUUGAUAUGUACUUUUUUAUUAUGUAAAAUAUAUCAUCAUGACUUUAAUACUUUUCUAGAUAUAUCAGUUUGUUGUGGCCUAUUUAUGAUGAAAUAUAGAUUAGUGCAAUAUUCAAGUAAAACAUCAUGAAAAGAGAUAAUUUCUGUUGGUUUUCUAUAAGUAUGUUCCUUAGUUAUAGAUUUUCUAGUUUUCUAACACAUUACAAAAAGAUAUAAGUUGAUCAAAUUUAAACGAUUUGAAUUCUUACAAUUACUUCUGUGGUGGAAGAUUUUGACAUCAAACACAUACAAAAAAAAGAUUUGCCACUAAAAUUUGAAAUUUAUUGAAAAAAAUUAAUAGAGGGUCACCAAAUUUAUUUUCACAGUAUAAAUAAAUCAAUCGUAUUUGUAUUAUCUGAAAUUAUCACACCUCAGAUAAUUGGUGACAAUAAUUUGUUAACAACAUCACAUGGUGACUUCCUAGAGCCUUUGACCUCAUCCACAUGGAUUUUGCUAACCUUCUAUGGACUUAUAGGGGUCAGUAGCAAACCAUAUGACUCUUAGUUUUGAAAAUUAAAUUAUAAGUCACAGAUUGCAGAAAUUUGGUAUCAAGCUUUCUGAGAGUAUUCUAUACUGUGUGAUGCAUUUUUACAUUCAUAGCUUGUCAACUUCCUGUUUUAUUACUAAAUACUUAAUACAUGUUUUAAUUGUUAAUUGACAUUGAUGAAAUUUUUGUCACAGUUAUCUCAGGUUCUAUGAAUCAGAGCUUCCUGUAUAAUAUCUAGCUUCAUGUGAGCAUGUUAUACUGUUGGAUGACAGAAUCAUCACACAUAUAAAAGUAAUGCACCUGUUAUUAUUGAAUUGUUGCAGGAUUUUUUUUUCAUUUUUCCAUAGAUAAGAUCAAAAUUUUAACAAAUACGUACCAAAUUUUUUUUUCAUAUCUUUGAACUUCACAGAAAUUUUGCAGACCUAUAGAAAUUGUUAACCUUCCAUUAUGUAGUUAUUUCAUGAUUUUGUAAUUGCUUAUGUUUUAUAUUUCCUUUAUAUUUAAAUUCAUUAUAUUUUAUUGUUUAAAAAGCAAAAAGUGCAACCAGACCAGUAGAGUCUUUGAUAUAUUAUUUUCUCUCUAUUAAUUGGUUCCUCACAGAAUAUCACCUGGUAUAGAACUUUAAGUAAAAACUUUAAACUAUUCUACCUCUUUAUUUGUCAUGUGAACAACUUGUGAAACAACUUUAUAUUAUUUCGACUCAGAUUUUAACUGAAGAUUUGUAAGUGAAAUAAUUUCAUGCAGUUUUAUUACUGUAAAUUUAGAAAUUAUUGCGUGCAUUUAUUAUUGUGAUUUUUCACAAAUAGACAACAUUACGAGUGAUUACUAUUGUGAUUACAAAAAAAAUUGCAUAAAGAUGUAUGUUUCUGUUAUCAAAAUGCGAUGUCUUAUUAUUGCAAUACUCACCCAGACACAUUAUUCACAUUAAUAAAAACCUCGCAAUAAUUUCUGAAUUUACAGUAGCCAAAUGUAGAUUUGAACGCUAGAGUUUCAAUUGUCUUUGGUCUAAAUGCAGUCGGUAUUCUUGUUCUGUUUUAAGAAGAUAAUUGAAAUAUAUGCCAAUAGACUUUCCUUUAAAUAAUUCUUUCUCACCAAUAAGCCCAAAUAUCAAAGACUUGACAAAAUGUUUCCCAGUCUUAACAAUAAAUUGAGGUAGAGGGAUUUCCACCAUGGAGGCUCCCAAAUUGAAAUUUUGAAAGAGCAAUUUUGUCUACAAUUUUAAACAAAACAAUAAUUUCACAAUGACAUGAGGCUUAUAAAAGUAUGAGGAGGCCAAAAAAUAAAUGUAUUUGAAGGUCCUUUUGAAGUUUUUUUUAGGACUAUGACAGCCAUCUUGCACGCAAAACCCCCAUGGGCAUUUUGAAAAGUUGGCAGGUAUGGAUUCAUUAUGUCUACUAUUUUUCUAGUAUAACCAUUGAUUAUGCCAAAAAAGUUUUUUUCGAACAAUUUAAAAAAAAAUUGUACUGUUUUGAAAUCCAUAUAUUUUUUUAGUACCGGUAUGAUUGAUCUUAAAUUGAUGUAAAUACAUAAGCUUUUGUUUCAUGUUAUCUUGGACAGCAUGUAUGUAUUACAGAGGAAUCUAUUUUCGGUAUUUUGUACUGAAAAUUUAAAAUUUUAAUGGAAAUACGUUUUUUUUGUGACAUAAUUUUGAGGAUUGGAUAACCUAAUUUUGAGAAAUGCUAGCUUAUUUAAACUCUAUCAGAUUUGAUGAUUUCUUUAAAGUAAAUUGUGGUUAUAUGAAGUUAAAAGGAAUGGACAAUGAAAUAAAUUAUAGAUAACAAAUAAAAUUGAAGAAAGUUUAUUUUUAUAGUAUCUGAGAGUACAUACUUACUAGAACAAAAUGUAUAAUUAAAUAUUCUAAUUGUUUAUUGUAUUGGUGCUACUUAAAAUGUAAUGAAAAGAAAGAAGAAACUACAGUAUAAAUGUUUUAUGUUCUCACUGUUACUUAACCAUAAGGUUUCAUACAUCUUUUCAUCUGUAUUUUAUAAGAGUGCUUAUACCUUUGUUUUAACGUAAUAUGACCAUCAAAAGUGCUGAAUCUUCAUUUUAAAAUAUGACCAUAAAAAGUGCUAAUUCUUUGAUUUAUGGUAUUGAAACCAUAUAAAGUGCUGAUUCUUUGUUUUAAGGUAUAACAAAAUGAAAUGUAUAACCAUAAGAAUUGCUGAUUCUUUGUUUUAAUUUAUCAUGAACAUAAAAAGUGGUGAUU